AUGACUUCAACAACAUUAAUGACUUUCCUACUCUCCACCCGCCCAGAUGUCAAGUCCGUCCAGCUACUAGGCUCGUGGGAUAAUUUCUCAAAGCCAUACAAUAUGGAGAGGGAUCGGCGUGUUGGUCAGGGUCAAUGGAGAGGAUGUCACACUUUCACAGACAUAGUGUAUGAUGGUUCGCUCGCUCAUCUCGGCUCUGCACGGUCUGGCGGUCUUAAAAUGGGUGGUACAUAUUGGUACUAUUACUUGCUGGACGAUGAUAUCGAGUACUACAACGAGGCGGAACCGGUAACGACGCAUUGCCCGUUUCUUCCGGGUCAACCUCUCAAUGUCCUCCACGUUCCCAUCAUCCUCCCGGAUACUCGACCAACGCAUGUGUUUCAGGAUAGCCCGAGUUACAGGAAGGCUGAUGUACGGACCAUGAAUCCUGAAGACAAAUAUAUGAAUCCCCGUCGGCCGCCAAAGCCGAAGCUCCCUCGCCUCCGCACAUCGCCCUCACUCCUCCAACAGCCGACUCCAGCUUGGUCGUUCAGCACAUCUCCCUUGGGAGCAUUGGCCAAUAGAGCGGCUUCUCAGCCAAGCAGCUCGGGUACCCAAGUGCCCCGAAGCUCAGGCUCCAAGCCGGCUCGCUCGGUGUCACCUCCAAGAUCACGAGGUCUUCGGGCAGCGUUUCGACACUUGAACGUGUCUUCGCCAGAUCUCGGUAGCACCCACAAUUGGGAUGAGGAACUCAAACCACUCACAGCCCGUAUCCCUGGUUUGUUUUCCACUGGUGAUCGUGAGGAAGUCCGUCACGAUUUCAUUGAGCCCUCUCAUAACGAUGCGGGUCAUGUCAUGCACCGCAAACCACACGAAGAAUCGCAUCAAGUGGAAGAUCUUCUCUUUCGCCGGCCUGCUUCUACUGGUGAUGACAGUCCUGUGACUUUGUCCAUCCAAAACCGCCGUGCUAUGAGCACCAAGUCCAUGGAGCACUUGUCGUGUCGGAGUCCGUUGACACUCGAAUCGCAACCCGACAAUCGGCCAGCGGGCGAGAAAGGUGCCCACUCAACUUUCUCGAUCAUGGCGGCAGAGUUGCUUGCAGCCUUAGACUCGCCUUCCUUCCUCAAGACCGCCAAGCCAGCAUCAAUUUCAGAUGCUACAACACCGACCCCAUUCACCUACGUGGACAAGAGGCUCCCAACGCUACCAAACACUCCCUCGUCAGUCAUGGAUGAAGCAUUGCGCGACAUCGAUGCCCGAGAGAGAAAUCUUGAUACUGAGAAUCUAGGCAGCCGCUUCUCGGACUUCACCGAAGCUGAGGAAUCUUGCGCUGGCAGCUCGUACUACGAGCGGAGCCACUUUUCGGAAUGGAGCACAGAUACCGAGCUGGCUUCGCCUGAGUCCAUGACCUCUUCGUCGACCUUCAACGUCGAAAGUCAACCGUCCCCCAACCCCGACCCCGCAGAGUUCCCAGAUCUCUUAAAACCCUCGGUGGCUUCCGAAUUUGGCGAUCUAGACACGCCUCAUCUCACUGUGAAUUCCAAGCCGUCGCCCCCGUCCUCGAUUGCUGGUGAUUCACCCCACUUCAACCUCCCCCUUCCCCGCUUGAGUAUUUCUCUAUCCCCGUCUGAUUUUGACGUCGCCGGGCUCGGGAUCGAUGACAUGUUUAACGUGGAACGAGACCCUAAACGACACGCAGCUUUCUUUGGCGCAAUGGAAUCUAUCAAAGCCUUGGGGAUCUCGCCAAGUCCGGAUGCGUCCACGAUGCACUUCCCUGACGACAUUAGAGAUGACAGAGCACCACCUAGUGAGACCUGCGAUAUCCCCAAUCGCUUGAGUCAUGCUUCUACGAGUCUGUUGGAGAUGAUGGAUGAAUUGAGCUAUCUGCGAAACGUGAUCCAGUCUGGAACUGGCGACGAUGUGUAA